AUGCCUGCGGACACAACACCAUCAAGCAGCGGAUCUGGCAACACAGUGAUGCUGAAGACAACUGGAAGAGAAGGGACUCUUCAGUACCCAUUGCUCACGAAGAGCAAUUACUCAGCAUGGGCACUUAAGAUGAAAGUGUAUUUGCGUGCACAAGGUGUAUGGGAUGCUAUUGAGCCUGCAGACCCCAAUGACGAGGUAGAGAUGCAGAAAGAUCAGAUGGCUCUUGCUGCAAUCUAUCAAGCCAUCAGCGAGGAGACACUUCUUGUGUUAGCUGAGAAGGAGACGACCAAGGAAGCAUGGGAGAUGUUGAAGACAGUGCACAUGGGCGCUGAGCGUGUCAAGGAAGCAAAAAUUCAGACUCUGAGAAGUGAGUUUGAGGGUCUUCGCAUGCGUGAAGCGGAGACAGUUGAUGAUUUUGGUGCAAAGUUAACCACCAUUCUCAAUAAGAUUCGUGCAUUGGGUGACAAGAUAGAUGAGGCCUAUGUUGUCAAAAAGCUUCUUCGUGCAGUCCCUCCUAAGUUCCUUCAAAUUGCAUCCACCAUUGAACAAUUUGGAAAUCUCAACACGAUGACAGUUGAGGAGGUCAUCGGAUCACUCAAGACUCAUGAAGAACGAGUGCGGGGCUAUGGUGACAAUGAGGAUGAACACGUUCUGUUGACAAGUGCAAAGUGGAAAGGGAAACAAGUGAAAGGAGAGAGCUCGUCUAAUUCAUAUAAAGGACGAGGAACGAGUAGUGGACGUGGUCGUGGCCAUGGGUAUGGCAGUGGUCGUGGUCGCGGGCACGGUGAAGGUGGUCGAUGGAAUGAAUCAAAUCAUUAUGAGAGAAAGUUCGACAAGUCCAAGGUAAGGUGCUACGCUUGUCAAAAUUAUGGGCACUUUGCCUCGGAAUGUCGAUCUAAGAAGAAGGAUGAAAAGGCACACUUUGUGGAGGUGCAAGAGGAUGAUGAAGAACCAGCACUCUUAGCGAUGGAAAUUUGUGAGUGUGAGAAUCAUAAGGAGAUCACAACAGAGGAAGUGAUGCUCUAUGAGGAGAAAGUGAAGCCAAAGUUGAAUGAAGGAGAAUAA